AUGAUCAGAAAUGCUAACACGAAAUUGAUGUUAGGAACGUCUUCAUGGAGGGAACAAUUUAUUGAUGCCUUAACUGUUAAUGCUGGCGAUGAUGAUGAAGAUGAAGAUGAAGGUGAAGGUGAAGGAAACGAAAUUGCUAUCAAAGCUCCACCAUCAUGUGGUGAUUACGUUAUGCAUUUUAUGACAAUGCCAUGGAAACUACUUUUCGCCAUCAUUCCACCGACAGAAUACUGGGGUGGAUGGGCAUGUUUCGUCGUUUCCAUCUUCAUGAUUGGUGUACUAACAGCCUUAGUAGGCGAUUUGGCAUCACAAUUCGGUUGUUGGGUAGGACUCAAAGAUUCCGUUACCGCUAUAUCGUUCGUUGCCUUGGGUACAUCUGUACCUGAUACCUUUGCAUCGAAGGUAUCGGCCGUACAGGAUAAGUACGCUGAUAAUUCAAUCGGUAAUGUGACUGGAUCGAAUGCUGUCAAUGUAUUUUUGGGUAUUGGGAUUGCCUGGUCUGUAGCUGCGAUUUACCACUUCUUUAAUGGUACAAGGUAA